UCAGAUUUUCGUUUGCUUUUCUUCAGUGAUCAUCAAAUUCAAAAUGUUCAAAAUUAUUCUUGUAACAGCCCUUUUGGGAUUUGCUGCUUCAGCAUCCAUUGAUUCAACUGCUGAGAUCCGUAGCUAUCAAAAUAUUCCGGCUGAUGCCGAGGGUAACUUCGUGUACUCCUUUGACACAACUAAUGGAAUCACAGUUCAAGAAAGCGGUAACAUUGCCGGUGUAACUGGAGGUUCGCAAUAUAUUUCCCCAGAAGGAAUUCCAAUUCAGAUUACUUACAAGGCUGAUGAAAAUGGAUACCAACCAUCUGGUGCCCAUUUGCCAAUCCCACCACCAAUUCCAGAGGCAAUUGUCAGGGCACUUGCAUACAUUGCUGCCCAUCCCCAACAAGAAGAUCGCGGAAAGUUCAUCCAACCACCCCCAUUCAAAGGAUAAGAAUAUAUAAAUAUACUCGUAUAAGUUUAAAUAAGUUAUUGUAAAUCGAAAAUUCUAGUCUCCUUAACAAAAUGAAAAAGAAAAUAUAUGUAGUACAUUUCUACUAUUGUAGAACAACGAA